AUGGUGUUUCCAGACCACUACUUCUUUGCUGAAAGACGACUGGUAAACCAUACUAUCGAAACAAGAAAAGUCAAGAACUUUGAUGAUUGUGAGCUUUGGUGCUACCUGAACGACAACUGUGUCAGUCUUAACUUCAAAAAAGAUCCAGAGAAUACGGACCUGGUUCACCUCUGUGAAUUAAAUAACGCCACGCACCUGAAAUAUGACAAUAAGUUGACAAAUAAUGUCAAUUUUUAUUAUCGUGGCUCGAAGGUGAGCUACGAAUCGAUUUAAAAAAAUUGUCGCCUUGGAAUAAUAUAAAAACAGUGAUUAAUGCUUAUGCAAAUUUUCGUGCUUUCGAUCAUUCGGUUUUGAGUUUCUUCUUUAAUUCAAUUCGGCCAUCUUUCUUUCGUUAUUUCAUUUAAUCUAUUUAUUUUUCCUUCUUUAGAACGCUUGUGACAAGAGUUCCCUCUGCGAAAAUAACGCAACUUGCCAGUCUGGAUUUACACUCAAGGGAUAUCGAUGCUUAUGUCCUCCCGGAUACGAAGGAGAACGUUAUGAA